AUGUCAGCAUUGAAGAUCCCACUUUCCAAAAUGAAGGACCUGAUACUGAUCUUAUGCCUCUUGGAAAUGAGUUCUGCAGUGCCGAUGUUUCCUCAGCAACCUGGGACACCAGGCAUGGCUAGUUUGAGCCUGGAGACAAUGAGACAGUUGGGAAGUUUGCAGGGAUUAAAUAUGCUUUCUCAGUAUUCAAGAUUUGGUUUUGGAAAGUCAUUUAAUUCUUUGUGGAUGCAUGGUCUCCUGCCACCACAUUCUUCUUUCCCAUGGAUGAGACCAAGGGAACAUGAAACUCAACAGUAUGAAUAUUCUUUGCCUGUGCACCCCCCACCUCUCCCAUCGCAGCCAUCCCUGCAGCCUCAACAGCCAGGACACAAACCUUUCCUCCCGCCUACAAUUGUAACCGCCAUCCAGGACACAGCCCAGAAGGGAGGACCUCAGCCUCCAGUUUACCAGGGACAACCGCCCUUGCAGCAAGCAGAGGGGCCAAUGCUCGAACAGAAGGUGGCACCAUCAGACAAGCCACCGAAGGCAGAGCUACCAGGAAUGGAUUUUGCUGAUCCACAAGGUCCAUCAGUGUUCCAAAUAGCUCGUUUGAUAUCUCGGGGACCAAUGCCACAAAAUAAACCAUCUCCACUUUACCCAGGAAUAUUUUACAUGUCCUAUGGAGCAAAUCAACUGAAUGCUCCUGCCAGACUUGGCAUCAUGAGCUCAGAAGAAAUGGCGGGAGGCAGAGGAGGCCCCAUGGCCUACGGGGCCAUGUUCCCAGGAUUUGGUGGCAUGAGACCUAACCUUGGAGGGAUACCCCCCCAUCCAGCCAUGGGCGGGGACUUUACCCUGGAAUUUGACACCCCCGGCGCUGGAACCAAAGGCCCAGAGAAGGGAGAAGGAGGUGCGCAAGGCUCCCCGGUGCCCGAAGGCAACCCGGCAGAUCCGGAAAACCCAGCUCUCCUUCCAGAGGUAGCACAUGGUGCCCUGGGAGGGCUUCUUGCUCACCCAAAGGGCAACGACCCCACCCUGGCAAGAGGCCCUGCAGGGCAGAGCGGGGGACCCCCUGGGGUCACCCCAGCGGACGCUGACCCACUGAUGACCCCUGGAUUAGCUGAUAUUUAUGAGACCUACGGUGCCGAUGUGACCACGCCCCUGGAAGAAACGCCCACGGAUACCACAGUCAUCCCAGACACUCAGCAAACUUCUAUGCCAGAAAUCAAGGCCCAGCAGCCCCAGAUCAUGCAUGAUGUGUGGCGUUUCCAAGAGCCCUGA